UUCCUUUUAUUUCCAACAUUAUUUCAUCUUUAAAAAAGAAGGAAAUUAAUCCAAGAUCAAACGUAACAAAAAUAACCAACGAUGGGUGAAGUACUUGUAUCAGAAACUACGGAUACCCAAGACGAUAUUGAUUCGAAGAUUAUGGGUAUACUGAAUCCAACGAUACAUCACCAUGAUCUAUUACAAAGCUACGUGCGAGUAGCCGCAGAAAGCGUUUCAAAUUUGAAACAGUUCGAAGAAUCGGAAGAUUUCGAUAAGGUUCCAUCUUUGGGAACCUGUCCCGACAAAGAGUUCAUCGAUAAUGACGAUAAAGAAAGCCACAUUAAUGAUGAUAAAAAAGAUAGGAAAAAUAAUAAAAAGCAACGGGAGAGUAAAUCCAAUAAACUGUCAGUCGAAUCAGAAGUGAAUAUUCAAAAGAAAAAGAAAUGACGCCGCCUAAAUAAUGGUACUCGCCACCAGGAAGA